AUGAUUAUAGGAGAGACGGGAACAGGGAAAUCGACAUUUAUCAACACUCUUUGCGAUGAGGAUGUGAUUCCCCCAGGAAAUACUUCAUUCAACGGUGAAGCUAUGUGUAUUGAAAAUCACAGUGCAACUAUUUUUGAAGGUGGUACCAAGAUUAACUUGGACAUAGUCUUGACAUCUGGAUUUGGAGAUUCAAUCGAUAAUACUGAUUCUACCGCCAAAUUGGUUGAUUAUUUGGAAACCCAGUUUGAAUUGACACUCAAGGAAGAGUGCAGGAUUCAAAGAACUCCUCAUUUUAAAGAUACCAGAGUCCAUGCUGCUUUGUAUUUUAUUAGGCCCACAGGAAAAGGUUUAAGACCUUUGGAUAUUCAAUGUCUCAAAGCAUUAUCUGCACGUUGUAAUGUAAUUCCUGUCAUAUCUAAGGGUGACCUUCUUACAGAAGAGGAAAAAAAAUUGAACAAAGAGUUGAUACUGAAGCACAUCAAUGCUGCAGGUAUCGAACUCUACGAUUUUUCCAGCUGUUUUGAAGAUAUUGAAGAGGAACUACCAGGUUUUAAUUUAGGGCAAAUGGUUCCCUUCUCGAUUGUUUCCGGUACAGAGAGAAAGCUGAUCGAGGAAAUCGAAUACAAAGUGAGAAAACUACCACAUGGGAUCGUCCGGGUCGACGAUCCAGCUCAUUCGGACUUUCCUAUCCUCAGAACGUGCUUGUUAGGAGCAUGUCAGCAGGAUUUGAAAGAUACUACACACGAUAUAUAUUAUGAGAGGUAUCGUACUAAGAAACUAUCUGAAGCUAGUCAAAAGAGAGAGGCCAGUGGUCUUGCAAAAACUAGUGCAAAAACUAUUUCGGCAAAGUGA